GUGCAAAGUAAAUGCAAGGUGAUGAUCCUAGUUUGCUUGCUACGUUUCUGGCCUACUAAGCCACCCGGGUUCCGGUUACAUGGAAGCGGUCGCCUCAUGGCGCUAGAUGUUUCGUAACCGGCGGAUCCUAUCUAAGAAUACUCCAAGCUUCAAAACAAUUUCAAAACGACAGCUAAGUCCAGUUCUGAGCUGUACUCUCACGACGCGGACAUCCAAGCGGAAAAUCCACGUCCACCAUUGUUCACGCAAUGCAGUCCGAGUCUAAGGAGCGAAAGCAGGGAGAGUCCCACUCCAGUUCCAUGACACCGGAUAUGGCCUCUGAUAAGCCUGUGGGCAAUGAUCUGGAGGGCAAUCGGUACCAUACAGGGUUUCUCAGACGUACCACCCAGCUACUUUCUCGGUAUGGAAUUGAAACUCAUGGCAUCGCACCGGUACCAGCAAAGGAACGCCUCGAGACUCGAUGGUACCAAAUGUUCUUCGUAUGGUUUUCUGCCAACAUGAAUAUCUUGACAUUCAGCACGGGCACUGCGGGGCCUGCAUACUUUUCCCUGGGAGUUCAUGACUCUUUAAUCAUCAUUGUCAUGGUUGACCUGGUGACCUGCUUGUUGCCUGCGUUCUUUGCUGUCUUUGGGCCAAAGCUUGGCACGCGAGCUAUGGUACAAGCAAGGUUCUCGUGGGGGUAUUUCGGUGCCAUCAUACCGACAGUUUUGAAUGUCUUCUCCAUGCAAGGCUUCCUUAUACUGAACUGUAUCGUUGGUGGACAAAUCCUCGCGAGCCUGUCUUCUCACCUUAAUGAUACUCUUGGUAUUGUCAUCAUUGGUAUCAUAACUCUUGUGGUUACUUUCUGUGGAUACCGCAUCAUUCAUUGGUACGAAAGUAUCGCCUGGAUCCCAAGUGUGAUCACUUUUAUCACCAUGCUGGGUGCCGGUUAUCCACAACUACGCGACAACCAAUCAGCUCCUGUCUCUCAAGCAACUGUCGCUGAGGUUAUCUCUUUUGCGUCCAUCCUCGCAUCUAGCGUUCUUAGCUGGUGUACCAUGACCCCUGACUAUGGUGUAUACCACAGCCCUGCUGCUUCCUCUGCAAGAAUUUUUCUCUACACGUAUCUCGCGUUUUUCACCGCUAGUCCCCGUGGCUUUGCUACAGUGCCGAGAUGGGUAUAUAUUCUCAUCUCUGAAGGAAUCCUGAUACCAGUGGCCAUUGUUGGCGCCAAAACGUUUUAUACCACUUUUGUUGACAUCCUGAAUAUCAUCGGAUACUGGUCGUCAGUAUUUGGUGCGAUUGUUCUUACAGAACAUGUGUUAUUUCGGCGGGCCUCGUUUUCUGAGGAUCAAUAUCCCAUCACGACUUGGGCUUCGUAUACUCUUUUGCCUAGCAGUAUUCCUGCGGUCGUGGCCUUCGCGUGCGCCUGUGGAGCCCUUGUUCCAUUCAUGUCACAGGCUUGGUAUGUAGGACCAGUUGCGAGGCAUGGGAGUGGAGACGUUGGGGUGUUCGUAGGGUUUGUGGUGGGGGCUAUCACAUACGCAUUGGCAAGGGGUUUCGAAAAAUCAUGGUACAAGAAGAUGAGUAAAUCAGAUGCCUAGUAGCAGUAGUCAUUUCUGAAGCAAACAGCGUGUACACGAACUGCUCUCAAUUGACGUCGAAGAGACAAGGUAGAUUUCAAAAAUGG